GUAUAGGCGCAUUUAGAUAGCGUUUUGGCUGAUUUUUUGGGCGUAAAGAAAUUUGAAUAAAUUAAUUAGAAAUUGGGAAAUAAGUGGUGGGGUCAAAUGACCUUACGAAACCUGCGUAUUGUUUUGCGUGGUUCCAUUGAAAGACCAAUUUCGUGACAAUUUGUAUCUUCGUUCCACAGAACUAUAGUGAGCCGGUGAAAGCAAGAAUUCUACGCAAAGAUUUUCACAAUUAUUUAAUUCUCAUCCUAUUUACUCGCUAAUACUGCAAACAAUCACCAUCGAUCGAUUUUGGAUUGCUCUUCUAGUGUCAUGGAUUGUUCUAGUGCCUUUUCCUGUGUUCUACGACGAAUUAUUUCCUAAUUUAUCAAAUCAAAUAAGAUUUAAAGGUGUAAUAAAAUUUCUCAAGUAACCAUUUUUGAGUGCCUUUGUGAAUAUCUGUGCGCACAAAAAUUCUGCCCAAUUUCGACACAAAAUAAAAAUUAAUGAGAAUUAAUAUUAAUUGGAAAUAAUUCACCUUGCGCUCUUAGCUUCAGUAAUUCAAGACUAAUAUGUUAACUAAUUCUGUAAAAUGAUGCAAAAGAGAAAGAGAGAGAGAGAAAAUUUGAACUCAAUAAAUUUUUAUUGGUGAACUAAAAAUAAAUUUGUGGUGUAAACAUGUAUUAGGUGUAGAUAAAUAUUUUCACUAAAUUUUCUUACAUAUAUUUUUUUCACUUAAUACCACCCUACAUUAUUGGAUAUAUUGCGGUGAUUUAUGAAAAUACAUCUUAUUGUGAUCACAUCUUACUAACAACGCAUGAUUGUUCUCUUAAAAUGAACAACCAAAUGGGCAUUUAGUACAAUUCAUUUCUAACAAUGCAACGAAUUUUAAGCUAUCAAACGGCAAUGAGCAUGAGGGCAACAAGUGGUCGAGAUGCUCGAGAGUACAUCACCAAGAGGAUAUGCAUAAGUUUUGUAUUCAGUAUUGGAUUCUUCACUCUAAUAGCAGGAUUUCUGCUUGGAAAAUUCACCACAGAUCGCCAGUACUACAUAAAACGUUUACAAGAAGCAGAUGUUUCAGCAGUAAAAGAUCUCGAACACACACUCGAGGAUUUCUAUACUACAGCCAAAAACAUUACCAUCCAUCAAUCGAAACUCCUGCAGCCGAAUUCAAAUGCAAGGCUUUGGGAGACUUACACAAAAUGCGCUUGUUUGCUGCAGAAGAACGUAGAUUUCGACGAGAAAGUUGAUGAUUUUGUGGAAAACCUCAUCAAUGAGCACAUAAAAAGUUUCACCACUUGCCUUAAGACACUCGAUGGCCUUUUGCACACAAUUGAUGACUGAUGUAUGGAAAUUUGUAAUUUUAUUAAAUUAUACUAAAAAAAAAUCCUAUAAUUAUGGAUUGUGUAUAAAGAUUUUAUUCCUUUUGCAGAAAAAUAAAUGUGGAGAAUUUAUAAAUUUACUAAUAAACUGAAGACAUACA